UGGCCUCAAAUUCGUCUGUUUGGAGCUCAGGAACCGGCGGCGGCUUUCUUUUCUCUCCUAAACCUCGCCACUCAGCUAAUGGGAAUGCGGCGUUUUCUACUCCAUGUGCCACCUCAAGCCCCACUCUAUGCUUUCUGGGUGCUUUUUGCCUCUAAACUAGACUACUGUUCUGCAUUCGCAUACGUGGGAUCUUUUUUUAUUAUUACACUUGCUCGGCUAACGCGAGGACAUCUUCGAUGGGCUCGAACUGCAAUGCUGUGCAUUACCUUUCAUCUCAUUUUCUCGUAUUUGGUUGAUCUUAUUACUACAUCGGGAAUCAAAUACGAUCUCAACAUGAAGGUUAACCUGACAUUAGGUUUGCUGACGUUAGUGGGUUGGCUUGUGGGGGUCCCCAAAGCUCGGGAUGGAGAAAAGCAGACCUCUUACCGAGUUAUGCAAGCUACAGUUUUCUACAUUGCAAUCGUGGCUUUGCUCGAAUUCAUCGACUUUCCUGCCAUUCUUUGGCUGUUUGAUGCUCACUCUUUGUGGCAUGCUGCUACUAUUCUCAUUCCCUUCCCUAUAUUUUCAUACGCUAUCAAGGACUGCCACAACCUCCAUCGCAUUGAGCUAAAGGUCAGAACAUAA